CGCAAUUAUAUGUAAUGUAGUUUCGAUAAAAAUCAAAAUUAAAUUGCCAGCCGCCACGCUCGCCCUCACAUAAAAGCUCUGUCUUCACUGAGCUUGUCAGCAUGGAGCAACUGGAUGAUCUGUGUCUGCUGCUUAUACUCUCCUAUCUGAGGCUGCCUGACCAGGUGGCCAUGUUUCAGGCCUAUCCGUCCAUCCGGUCGCUACUGGGCAGCAUGUGGCACAGGCGGCUGCACAAAAUCGAGUUGAAUCUGUUGCAGCUACGCAUCCUCAGACUUAACAAUGUGGACGCUGACAAGUUUAGUUCGCUGUUGACCCAUACAUUCCCCGAGCUGCAGCAACUGCAAAUCGACGCUCGACCACCUUUCUUUCUCAGCCGAAGCCGGCAGCGAGAGCUGCGCAAAAUAUUCCCGGCACGUCGGUUGAUGCCACCUGCCGCAAACACGACUCCGUGCAACGCGGCUCAGUUGAAUGUCAGUGUGUAGUGUGAGAGAGGGGCAAUAAAAAGUGUCUCAUUAAAUUA